GCGUCGGCCCCGCGGCGCGGCUGAGCCCGAGCGGGGCGGGAGCCGGCGGGGCAGCCCAUCCGUCCGCCCGCUCCUCCGUCCGCCCGCCCGUCCUUCCUUCCUUCCAUGCCGCGGAAAGCGCUGCGCUGCGUCCUGCAGCUGGACGUCCGCUCGAUAACUUGCCCUGGAGUGCUGCUGAAAGACAAAGAGGAACUUUAUCUCAGUGUCUCUGUACUUGGGCAGUACAAAAAAACUCAAUGUGUCCCUGCAGCAUUUCCACUCUUCUUUCAAGAAAAACUAGUAUUUGAGAAGGCAUUUGCUGAUAUAGUUGAUCCUGGAGACCUUGUGAAGUUACUGGAACUUGACACAGCAGUACUUGAACUAAUACAGCUCAUUCCUCCAGUAGGAAAAAUUCUAGCUACAUAUGAAGAAAAUACAAGAGAUUUCCUGUUCCCUGACCCUAAGCUUACCCGUGGGCGCCGUGGCUUAGAUCGUGAGAUUUUAAUGAAGAGGUCUUCUUCUUUUACAGGAAUUGCACCAAAAUUGAGAUUUUCUACAAGCUUCCUUAUUACAGAAAGUCUGUUAAGCUCAGGAAGGAGUCACAUACAGGGUGAUUUGGAUUGUGUACAUCACUCCACCCCAAAUGGAAAACUUCAAACAAAGUUACCAAGCAAAGAUGCUGUUUCUCCUGAGAGAAGCAGGCACCGCUCAGCAACAAAGAGCUACGAGCGGCCCACAAUAGCUUCCAAAUCGCGUUCUCCGUCUCCCUACACCAAAAGGCGAAUGUGUGAGCUGUCAGAAGAAGCCAGGCAACGACUGGCCCAUUUAAACCUCGGUCCUCAUGAAUUCAGAAGAGAAACUGAUAAACCUCCAUUUGUAGUUAGACGGGUUGAACAAACAAGUCCUGGUAUUAAUCUUCAUACCUGGUGUCCCACACAAGAAAGCCCAGUGGAAGCCUGGACCAAAGCAGACUAUGAUCCUUCUCUUCUUGGCAGCUACAGACUCAAGAAAGCCAAAGCAAAAUCUACUCAUGGAAGAUACUUUGACAGCUGUGUUUGCAGUGAGGAUGCAAUCUCCCACUCACCCAACAGACAGUCCCAUUCUGGUGGUUCAUUGGAGCGUUCAGCACCUCCAGCAUUUCAGGAGCAUUCUCCAAGUUCUGUGCUAAAUAGAUCUUCUCUAAGGGAAAGAUUUAGCUCUGGUUGGCCUUCACCAGCAAAUGGAGAUGAGAUCCAUAAAAGAGUGAAAAAUAUUCUAAGGACACACAGUGCUAAACAGCGCCUAAUCUUUGAUGAGAGCAACUCAUCAAAAGGAAACUUGACCAAGACAAGAGAAUCUUCACAUAAGGCAGCUUUAUCCAUGGGAGAACUGCGGAGCAGUUCACCAGCACAGCAGAACGCUACUGUUCACUUGGAUAAUGGUGAAUACUGGUCUAGUCGUGCAGCUGUGUACAAAGGGAAGCCUCACAGAGCCAUCUUUGAAGAGAGCCUGGAGAAAAUAUACAGAAACAUGUACCGAAAAGCAUCUGGUGCUGUUCCAGACCAAAAGAACUACUCCUGAUAGCAAUUCACCUGGAAAUGCAUCAGAACACAGUGUUUGUAUUUGUAAUGAAACCUCCUUUUCUGUAACAAAUAUUUGUACUCUAUUUUUAAAGCUUAAUUACAGUUGAGCAGGGUUUUGGAGAAGUGGGGUUUCUGCCUGGGUUGCCAAAAGUUAACUGUAAACAUCCCUCUGCCUUCCUCAUUCUCCUACUCUAAAUCCAAAAAACUCCAGCAACUAAGCCCUUCUGUGUGAUUAAGGAAGAUGGUGUUGCUCCUUUGAGACUGUGAAAAGAUAGUCCUUUGAAGGCUAACAAACAGGUCUGCUGGACAUUCCUGUCUGACAUCAACUCAGGUUUCAGCUGCAGCCAACUCCCAUUAAAUAAUUCAAGCUAUUUGGUAACAUAAACAGAAUUGGUCGAAGCAGAAAUACAUCCCAGUGUUCAGAGAAGGAGUGUAAAGAGGAAGGUGGAUGUGAGUAUUGAUUUAAAAGCAUCCCAUCAGGGACAAAGAGAUUGUUUUCUAGAAAGUUGCCUUUGGAUUGCUUAUUUUUGAGAUGGGCAGAAACAGAGCCAUAGACAUGCUUUCCUACUGCUUUUAAGCACUUCUAGUCACAAAUUCUCUCAUGCUGCCAAAUUGUAAACGAAACCCACCCAGCCCAGCAGCAUGUGCCCUUGAAAAUGAACAGGCUCACUUAAAUGCAGCCAUGACAUUUGCCAAUAUACCAAUUGCCAGUUUUAGACAAUAUGAAUAAGAAAGGAAGGCAGAGGCUGGAACCAGUCAGCAAGCUCCUUAUACACCCCAUACAGGCCUUCUGAAGUUCCUGCAUCACAAUCCCACCUAAUUUGGAGCCUGUCCUUCCCAGUCUGCUGGGAUCCUCUUGGCAGAAAUCGCAUCGUUUUUGCUAAAGGCCACCAAAUGUUCAUCAGCAGUUCGAUGCUUUCCCUGGGGAUGGAACCUUUUCAGCCUUGCAUUGAACAGAUCCCACAUUAGCAGACCAGGGCAAAUUGCCCAUCUAUUGAAAAGCAGAAUGUUUUAAAAGGGCAAGAGUGUCCAUCUCCUGCUUCCUUUCAGAACAAGGGAAAAAACAAACGCCUGUUUUGGCUCCUUCCCUGCCUGAGUGAACAGAUUCAGUUACACCGAUACCAUUUUACCUGUUAGGGUUGGAUAAAGGAUAAAGCUAGCAGUACAGAUGGCAGAACAUAUGACUGUAACCUGCUAGCAUGCCUAGAUAAACAAAAAGUUGGUCUACUCUGCCUUCCACCCUUUAAUGCUGAGACAACAUAAUUGAUUUGAGAGAGCAGUUGGUGAGCAAUUAUGCUAGUGGGAAAGCACGUUGAAAGACUCUGUGCUUCUGUUUCAGGGAAGGGGACUCUCAGAGGAAGUGUCUUGCAUAUAGACAUUUCUAUUCCUCGUAACUGUUAAACAGGUUGAAGUGGAUUAACACUGAUAACUUCCUGUCCCUGCUGCCAUUUAGCACAUUAGUGCUUUCAAAGGCCAUUAGUUGCACAGUCCUGGGCUAUGGGGAAGUGUUGAGUCACUCUGGGAAGCAGUUGCACUGUGUUUUUUUGCAGAAGGGAAAAGUUAAACUUAGCCAGGCUGGGCCACUGAAGUGUGACUGACCACAGAGGGUUGUGCCACCAGUGCCUGGUCUGCAUUCAUCAGCCUCUGCCUGUCAUCUCGUAGUAGUCCAUGAAGGAAGAGUUUCUUUCUCCUUGCUGUUCAGGAAAGCAGGUGUGUUCAAAUGGAUUCUAAGUAGGCAGGGCACAUUCUGAAAGACACUUCCAAGCUUUUGGUUUGUGGAAUCUCCUCUGGAGACAUUCCAAACUCACCUGGACAAGUUCCUGUGUGACCUACUCUGCGCUGGCAGGGGGCUUGGACUAGAUGAUCUUUCGAGGUCCCUUCCAACCUUUAAGAUUCUGUAAUUCUGUGGUUUAAAAUGAAUCUACUGAAAUCUGAAGGUUGGUGCAGUUUCCUGUAUGUGUUUGAGCCAUAAGAUUUAGUGUUCUUCUCAUAGCAUCCCAUGGUUGUCAUUCUGUAUUCUCUGUGUUUUCCCUCUCCAGUGUCAUAGGUUAGUAAAAGCUGCAAUCUUCUGAAGAUUGGCUGCUCUGCUUUGGCCAAGUUUGGUUCCACGACAUAGAACUUCCAUUAGAUUUGUCCCUCUCCAGCAUUCCAGUAGAUUUUAGUCCUUGCUUGUUCAAUGUCUAAGAAGACCUGAAUACUGAGGCUUUGGGUUUUUUGUAUGGAUGAGUAAGGACAAAAGGUGCCAGGAAUUCAAGACACAAGAUGGGGAUGAGGGAGGUUGGAAGCCACCGUGAAAAAAUAAGGUUAACGGUUUUGAGGGGUCCAGAGGAGUGGCUGGGGUAUGUGUAACUCCCCUAGCUAAAGAGAGGAAGCACAUGGUAAUAUGACAUCCUUCAGUUUUUCAUCAAAGGUGAAAACUGGAUGGGAGGAGGGAAAAAUAAGUGUCAUAUGUUGAAUUUUGACCAUUGUGAAUAUUCUCACUAUAGCCUCUGUGUGUGGUGUGACAGCAAAUGAAGCAGAUAGACUGAGAGUGUCUUUGGCCCCGCUCCAGCUGCAAGGGGAGAUGGUGUGUGUAAUGUCUUUCUGAAUCAGCUGCUGCAGAAUAUGUGCUUCUCUCUUGGGUCGGAGUCAUUCCACAGCUUAUAUGCUGUGAUACAGCAAAGAGUGUUCUUUUCCAAACAACAGUGCUGGAAAUCCAGUUUGGUUAGUGGCAAAAAUUUUCCCUGAAAUGUGACACAAGACCCAAAUUACUCUGAUCUGUCCAUAAAAUCUGCAAACCACUUUGUUUUCAGGAGUGUUUGGCCCCUUCCCUGUUUCCUCCUGUUAAUAUGCAAACAGCUCGAGUGCACUGAGGACCUCCGCUCCUUUGCUACUGCGGCAUGUGAUAAGUAUAGGUUCAGGCAGGGAACCAACACAGUAAUAAACUGUAAUUGUUUAGUGCACCUUGCCUUCUAAUACAAUUUAAAUCCCUUCUAUCAAAUGCAAAUUUCUAGGUUCCUGAGUGGAGUUUUAAAUAGCAUUUCCUGGGCUCUUUCCUUAUCUUUUGCCAUCCACAAAGUGGUGUGUCAGUGACAGUGGGAUGGCAUAACUCAACCCCUGUCACUUUACCUCCUGAAGGAAAGCUGCCUGCUCAAAUCUAGAAAUAAUGGGCUAGAUUAAGAGUGAAUUAGUGUUUUUCUGUAGAGCCUAUCUCUUUCUCUUGCCUUCCCCAAGUUAUUAUAACCCAUGAGUAUUCUCACCAAAUGCUAUUCAGCAUCCAGUGUUGCUUGCAGUAUGCAAUCAGUGUAAUAUUUUAAUCACUUUAAUGCUUCCUACUUGCUCCCUUCCCUGUUUGCUACAAAUAACUUGAUAUAGUUUAGCAUCUUGGAGUGGCUGUAGCCAAACUACUUGUCUGUUUUCAAUAGAAAUGCAAAUCCUUAGCAGAGUGGUAGUUGCCUUGGAAAUCACUCAGUCAUUGACCUGUUGUGGAUUAAAGGCAAAAAUGUCAAACUCUUUAAUGAUUUGCCUUAUCUAAGUUUUCAACUAAAAGAAGGGAAGCUUAAAUUGGCUCACUGGGGAAGAGAGGCAUGGGGAUGGUGAGAGACGGGAAGAGAAAGGAGCAGCUUGAUAAGAUAGAUGGGCAGCAGCUUGGAAGGUGUCUGAGGGCUGUUCUUUAGAUUGUGCAUCACAUGUGUGAAUUUUACUGUUACUUUGGAGGCUGCCAAAAUGGUGAGAGGAGAAAGGAAUCUACCUAUAGGUGCUGAGAACCUAUUUUUGAGGUGAAAUAACAGAAUAUUUAGCUCUGCUCAGUAUUAAAUAGUCUUUUCCAAACUCCCUCUCAUUGUUACCUCAGGUGUAAAAUGGGGAGCUUGUACUCUGUUAAAAGCUUAAUUAAAUGGCUAUGAGUGCUUUGGGAUCCUGAGGUGAAUGUUACAGGAAUUAGUUUGUGGAAGCCUGGCUGAGAAGUUCCAUCUCAUCCCCAGGUUACUAAAAAGCCUUUAUUUUAAUUUUCCCAGGUUUCCUAUGUUUUAAUCAGACAAUUAUUAAGCAAGUCUUAAUCUUAUCAAGUUAGAAAUCUAUUAAAUCUGAGAGACAGAUGAAGAAGAUAAUGAACUGCUUUACUGCAUGUGCUUUUAGGAGCUAAUCUUUACAGCUGGUAUCCUGCUCAGCUUCUGUCUCUCACCUGAUCUGGGUUCAUACUCACACUGAUUGCUCUCAUGAUAGAUAUGUAUUUUUUUUUUAAAUACAAAUUAUACUUUUAUCAUCCUGAUGUCUCAGUGCUGUCUGCUGAAUGUACUAAUCAGCACUAUUAACAUCUACUGCAUGGUUUGUUCUCCCCCUCUCCCCAGGAACAAGAGGCACGAUAGUGUGUGUGGCUUGACAGCGGAGAAGUUUAUGUGCUGUGCCAUAGGCUUGCCAGGCAAGGAGCUUCUGCCUUUUCAGUCAGUGUGCAAAGGAGUACCUUGUUAUAUAAUUCUGCUCUUUCAGAUUUUAAAGCUUGAAAGUAUUUUCUGGCACACUGAACUAUGCAACAGACUUCUCAGCCUUUUAGCAGUGGUUACUUGACUGCGUAAAUCAUGUAAUGUGGAAUCUCUGGGUUGCAGGGAAACCUACCAUGAUGUUAAUUACUUCAGUGGUUAUGGAGUGAUCGUUGUCAGGAUGCUGAGAGUAUCUCAAGAGGUUUGUUUAGUACUCAAGGAAUUUGAGGAAACUUUGAAACCAAUGAAAUGUAGCUACUUGGUGCCAGGGAAAAGGAUUGAAGCUAAGAGAGGACAGCAUCUGUGGAUGAUGGCAGUGGCCUACCUCAUUGACAGAUAUGAUGUCUGGUUUAGGUGAUGGUCUCUGGGAGUAGUGGAGAACUAGUCUUUGGCAAUCCUUUAAACAGAUAAACCAUUGUAGGAAGUGAUCAGGUGCACCUAAUAUUCCCCUUUCUAUUACACAGUGAACUAUUCAGCACAAGCCCCAUUGAUUGCAUUGGUUUCUCCAGCUUUCUCCAUGGAAUUCAAAAUGUUGUCAGCCAGAGCCCUUAACAGAUGAGGCUGUAGCUCCUUUUGUUGUCAGUGUUGGCUUGCCAAAGAUAUACAGUUUGUUCCCCGUUUGUCUUCAGUAAGAAAUUCUCUGAAGUGCAGUGAUAAUUUGUCUGGAUGACAACAUAAAGGAACUGUAAUCUUUCUCUUUGCUUGAUCAAUGUGGAGAUUGUGCUUUUUCUUCCAGUGUGUUUUCAUUCAAUUCUGGGUGAUUGCCUCUGACCUAGCAGAGAACUCUCUGCAGUCUGAGAAGUGGCCAUCUGAGCCUUCUUCUCACCUCUUCAGGGAAAUGAGUUUGCUGUUGCAAAACAACAUCCCUGCCUCAUAAGGAUUUACUGAUCCAGAGGAUACAGCAGAAAAAUGUUUCUCUGUGGUCAGGCAUUUGUGUAACCCUGUAGGGCUGAUGCCACAAAAGGAGCAGAGCUUCACACAAAGAGGGGUGGGGGGCUGGAAGCAGGGGCAGGUUGAGAGUGGUAGUUAGGUGUACAGUGAAUUGUCAGUAUAUAAAAUAGCCUGUGAAACCUAGAAGUAACAAAAGCACCACCUACACCACUGAAGGGUGGUAAAUCCUAAUGUUUAUAUUCCUGUUGUUACACUGACUUGACUUUUCCAUUGUUUCCCUAAUUGUGUUGUUACCAAGGCUGUAGCUGUGUGAAAUGCUUCACUCAGUACUCCAGUAGUAAACAUUUGCUAAGAAGUUGCUUUCCCUGCCUUGUUUCCACCACAAUCAUCUAGUGUUUACAUACAUUUUAGCCUCUGUGCCAUUUUUGAAGGCUUUAUUUGUCUCAUUUACGUUUUUGGUUCAGAUAAUACUUAAAUAUGAAAUCCAUCUGGGAAACAUAUUGUAUAUUCAAGUU